AUGCCUGAAAAGACUUCUGUCCUCUUUGUCUGCCUGGGCAACAUCUGUCGCUCGACCAUGGCCGAGGGCAUCUUUCGGCACGAGGCGCAGAAGCCCGAGUGGAAGGACAAGAUUGGCCGAAUCGAUUCCUGCGGCACCGCGGCAUACCACACUGGCGACGAGCCUGACGACCGCACCAUGGCGACGCUGGAGGAGAAUGGCAUCACAGACUACGACCACGCGGCACGACGUUUUGCCACCUCCGACUUUGAAAAGUUUGACUACAUCUUCGCCAUGGACCGCUCCAACCUGUCGGAUCUUGUGCGCCUGCAGCGCGGCAACCCCGACGCCAAGGCGCGCGUCAUGCUGUUUGGCGAGCACAGCGGCACCGGCAAGGCGGAGAUUGUGAAUGACCCGUACUAUGGCGGGGACGCUGGCUUCAAAAAGGCGUUUGAGCAGUGCUCGCGCUUUACGAGGAACUUCUUGGAGGAUGUGGUCGCCGGGGAGAAGACGUCGCUGUAG